AUGGCCGGCGAGGACGACCUGUGCUUCAACAUCUCGCCGGACCCAAACGGCGUGACAGUAUGCAGCAGUAGCUCUUGGAGGGCGUCUGCGUCCGAUGACUACGGCUGUCGAGCAGCUUCCACGACGAAUGGGUCCUGCGGCCUUGCCAUUCCUCGUAUCGCAGCCGGUGGCAACGAGCGUAGUGGCGCUGGCUUCACGCAGCAAGGAGCAACGCGGCCGGCAUGA